AAGCCUAAACAGCAUUUGGCAGUCACUGGGUCGAGGCAGUAGAGGAGCAUCAAGCACUGCACCAGCGCACUGCUGGAAGGAUCUAUUACAUUGCAACGAAAAAAAAGAAAAAAGAAAUCCGCAAGCGGCACAGGGUGACCAGACUGGGAACAGGGAACAGAGCUGAGAGCACUGAGGACCGGGAGCAGAGCCUUGUGAAUCAACAGAGCUCCAGAGGACGCAAAGAUGUGGAAGAAGGCAAAGGUGACCGACCAGACUGCCGCUGGGCAGGCAGGCAUCAAGAAGAAGUCCAAAGUGCCCGGCGUCAUGAUAACGCAGUUUAAGGAGGAACUUCCAGAGGGAAUGUCAACUCCAGACUUCACCCGCAAACCCAUCGCUCUGACUAUUCAAGAGGGUAAACUUGCAGUCUUUAAAGCCAAAAUAGUGGGAACUCCCACUCCUGACGUGACAUGGAGCAGGGUGAAAGGAGAGCUCACUUUUCUCCCUGACGUGUGCCUGCAGAAGUACGAUGAUGCAUCUCAGGAACACACGCUGGAGUUUCCAAAAGUUGCCCCGGAGGAUUCCGACACCUACAAGUGUUUUGCAACUAAUGAACAUGGAAGGGCUGUUUGCACUGUUGUCUUGAAUGUUAUUGAAGUUGGAUUCUCCAAGACCAAGGAACUUCAAAUGACACAAGGAAAAGAUAUAACCGACUUGAGAAAAGGCCUUAAAAAACGUAAACCUGACGGAACGCGGGAGGAGAAGCAAAUGGAGCCGGAGGAGAAGGUCUGGGAGAUUCUGAUGAGCGCAGACAAGAAAGACUAUGAGCAGAUCUGCAUUGACUACGGCAUCACCGACUUCCGAGGAAUGUUGAAGAAACUCAAUCAGAUGAAGAGAGAGAGGGAGGAGGAGAUAGCGGAGUUUGUGACACAUAUCAGUACGCUCAAACACAUCGAGGUCAACGACCACGACUGUGCAACAAUCGAGCUGGUCAUGGACCUCAAAGAUCCUGCCAGCAAACUGUUCCUGUAUAAGGAUGGCGUCAUGAUUCCUUUCUCCACCGAUGAAAGCGAUGACACGAAGCAUAGCUUGAAACAAGUGGGCAAGAAAUUCGUAUUCAAAAUUCAAGGAUUAGGUUCAGGCGAUGCUGGACUCUACUCGGUGGAUGUCGGGGGCGUCAAUGUAUUUUCCACAGACUUUAAAGUCCCUGAAGUGGACUUUGCUGUGAAAAUACAUGAGGUCAAGGCAGAGGAACGAGAGGACGCCCUUUUCCAAUGUGUCCUGACUGCCCCCAUGAACGAGAUCAUAUGGUACGGUAAAAGCGCCCCGCUGUCAAAGAGUGAGAAACAUGAAAUCAGUGCAUCUGAAGAUAAGCUUAUCCACAAGCUGAUUGUGCGGGACUGUCUGCCUCUGGAUGCUGGGAUCUAUGCUGCUGUGGCCGGGGUCAAAUCAUGCAAUGCCUGGCUUGUGGUUGAAGCUAACAAAGAGCCUGCCAACAAGGGGAAGAAGGCAGCUCGUAAGUCUACUAUGGCUGGAGCCUGUGACGACGAAGAACUGAUCAGAAUAGCUAAAGAGCAGCAGGAAAGAUACCAGAAAGAAAUGGCAGAAAAACUGGAAAAGGCCAAAAAGGCUCAAGAAGAGAGAGAAGCUGCAGAAGCCAUCGCUCAAGCGGAGGCACAAGCAGCUAGAAAGGCAGCAGCUGAGGCGAAAGCUGCGGCCAAGGCUGCGGCCAAGGCUGCUGCGAGGUCGAGGAAGGCAGCAGCCGGUAAGGAUGGAGCUGAACAGAAAAAAACUAAGAGAAAAGACGUGGGUGCUGCAGGCUCCACUGCAGAUGGUGCCGGAGGGGCCAGUGGUCCUGGUGGUGCAGGCUCUGGUACAGAUGGUGCUGGAGGUGCCGUUGGUGUCGGUGAUGCCGGUGGUGCUGGAAGUGCUGGAGCUGGUGGAGGAGCUGGUGGGGCUGAAGCAGGAGCCGGUGGUGCGGCUGGAGCUGGAGGUGGGGAAGAAGAUUUUGAGGAUGAAGACGAAUACGAUUCAUUUGAAGAUUCUGAUGCUGAGGGAGAAGGAGGAGAAGGAGGAGAAGGAGGAGUAGGAGGAGUAGGAGGAGCAGGAGGAGCAGGAGGAGCAGGAGGAGCAGGAGGAGCAGGAGGAGGAGAAGGAGGAGAAGGAGGAGAGGGAGGAGAAGGAGGUGGAAAAGGAAAACGCAGGAAACGCGUGAGAGAGGGUCCACUUGUUCCAGAAACAGUCAUAGGAGAUAAUAAUGACGACGAAACCACAAAUCAAGAAGGUGAAAAUUCUGGGAAGAAAGGAACACGUUCAAAAAGGAGAAUUGUGGAAGUUGAAGAACCUGUUGUUGAUCCAGGAGUUCACUUUCAUGCUGGCCUCUCGGACUGCAAAGCCAUUAUGGGAGAAGCAGCAGAGCUGGAGUGCAAAGUGAGCAGAGAGGAGUGUCAGGGAAGCUGGUACAAAGACGGAGAAGAGAUUCAAUCAUCGGAGGGUAUAACCAUUUCAAAAGAAGGAACCUUCCACAGGCUGAAAAUUCACAAAGUAACAGAGGAAUUCGGUGGAAAAUAUAAAUUUGAAGCAGAUGGACGUAAAACAGAGGCCAUCAUUCUUGUUGAAGAUCCACCGAGGUUUGAUGCUGAGGAACUGAAAGCAUUUAUAACUCCUAUCACAGUGAAAAAGGGACAAAAGGCAAUCUUCAAAUUACCUUAUAUUGGACAGGAUCCUAUCAAAGUUCAAUGGUACCUCGAUGGUGAAGAGCUAAUGGAUGAAUCAAAUAUCAAGAUUGAGCACACAGAGGGGUGCAGCCGCCUGCUUCUCACCAAGCUGCAGCGCAAAGACAGUGGUGAAAUCAAGAUGAAACUCAAAAAUGAGUUCGGCACUGUUGAGGCCUUAACCCAACUUCUUGUCCUGGAUAAACCUACUCCCCCAAUGGGACCUCUGGAGAUCGUUGAGGCCUGCUCCUCCUCUGUUGAAUUCAAGUGGAGACCCCCAAAAGACAGUGGUGGCUGCAAGAUAGGAAACUACAUCCUUGAUCGGCAGCAAGUCGGACGCAACACCUGGAAGAAGGUGGGGCCAAUUGGCUCGGAGGCCCAUUACAAGGACACUGAUGUAGACCAUGGCAGGAGGUACUGCUAUCGCAUGAGAGUGGAGACUGAAAUGGGCACCAGUGAGCUGAUGGAAACAGAAGACAUUCAAGCUGGUACAAAAGCGUACCCUGCUCCUCCAUCGGCACCAAAGGUUGUCAGCGCCUUCAAGAACUGCGUCAACCUCUCCUGGACUCCUCCCGCCGACACCGGAGGAACUAAUAUCCUGGGAUACAACGUUGAGAAACGCAAGAAGGGCAGCAACCUGUGGGGCCAAGUCAACCCAGCCGAUGAAAUGAUCAGAGCCAAGGUCUAUGGUGUCAAAGACGUGGUUGAGGGCAUGGAGUACGAAUUCCGCGUGGCAGCAAUUAAUGACUCUGGAGCGGGUGAAUACAGUUCACCAUCUGAGUUUGUGUUUGCCAGAGACCCUAAAAAGCCUCCUGGUAACAUCAUUGACUUCAAAGUGACAGAUUCCACCUACACAACCCUGUGCCUGUCUUGGACCAAACCCAAGGAAAUUGAGGGGGUUGAGGAUGAAGCCAAGGGAUAUUUUGUGGAGAUCAGACCGGCAGAAAACACAGAGUGGGAUCGCUGCAACGCAAACGCAACAACCAUGACUUCCUACACAGUGAAAAGCAUGAAGUCAAUGGCCAUGUACUGGGUAAGAGUACAUGCCACUAAUGAUGGAGGAGACGGACCGUAUAAGGAACUCGACAACUACGUCCUCGCUAUGCCUCCUCCUGUGAGGCCACGAUUGACAGAUGCAAAAAUCAAGAGUUUCAUGGUGGUGAGAGCCGGAAAUUCCGCUCGAAUCAACAUCAACUUUGAGGCCUCCCCUUGGCCUGAGGUCAUCUGGCUGAAAGACGGAAUACCCGUGUCUAAAAAAGUGACCAUCAGCAACGCAGAGGCCACAUCCCAGCUCCUGAUUCCGUCUUCCGAGCGCGCAGACACCGGAAUCUACACAAUCAUCGUCAAGAACAUUGUUGGCCAAGAAACAUUCAGCAUUGAAAUUAGAGUCACAGAUGAACCUAAGCCGCCCGGUCCUGUGGAGCUGGAUGAAAACGUUCCCGGCACCGUGACGAUUUCAUGGGACGCAUCUCCAGAUGAGAAACGUGACGACAGGCUGCACUACAUGGUGAUGAAGCGGGAUUCAAACAAAAGAGCCUGGCACACCAUCGCAGAUCACAUCUUCAACAAUAAAUUCACGGCCUGCAACAUCCUGCCAGGCCGGGAAUACCAGUACAGGGUCUAUGCGAAGAACGACAUGGGCUCGUCCAAACCGUCGGAAUCAACAAAGUGGCUGAUUCAUGCCAAAAAACAUAAGUUCACUUUGACCAUGCCGGAGUCGAAGACCUGUAAUCUGCAGUGCGCUCCGAAGUUCCUGGUCCCACUGAAACUGCACACCGCUCCUCAAGGGUACGAGUGCUACAUGAGCUGCGCUGUGAAAGGAGACCCCACGCCUCAUGUUACAUGGCUCCGCGACAACAUCAGUCUGAAUACCAACACUAACUACUUCAUCUCCAACACCUGUGGCGUGUGUUCUCUGCUCAUACUGAGGGUCGGAUCCCAUGACAUGGGCGAGUACAAGGUUGUUGCAGAAAGCUCCUUGGGGAGGGCAGAGUGCUCCACUAAACUGACAGUCAGAGAAUAAAACAACACAUCAUGAAGAUGAUAGGAUUUCUGUAAAACCCAAAAGAGGAACCAGUUUUUUUUUUGGAGAUUCACAUGAGUAAAGCCUGAUCUGUCAAUGUGGAUAGAUUAGAAGUCAGAAUAAAGUCUGAAUCAAACGAUUGUUGCUGAGGUAAAAGCCACAAAUGUGUUGUUUGUUUUGAUUUCAAAUGUGCAACCUCAAUAAAAUGGAAUGAAAGAAAUACUAACGUGUAAUCUUGCACAUUUUAAUAAACUGUGUAGCAGAUAUUUAUUGAUUUUUAAAUGUGCUAUUUUAAUUGUUUGCCUAAAGUUAAUAGAACUAUCAGGUCCUUGAAUUCACUUUUAGAUACUGGCUGCAAAUUUUAUUUUUUUUCCAUAUGCUUGGAUCUUCCCCUGACGUGAAAAACUUGUAUGAUGCUUAUUGUUUGUUAUGGCACUUAGUGUGAUGUCAGAAAGUUAAUGUGUGGGUUUGGUCUGAAUAAAUAUUUUGUACUGCAA